AUGUCCGACCUUCCCCUAUCAACAGAGAAAAGUUUUGAUGGUCAAGUGGUCGCUGCUUGGUAUCAAAGAUGCCGGACAGGGCACCAUACUUGCCAGCAGCGAGAUCUUGAUGCUAAUGGGUGCUUUUGGGUCCCCACUCGUCUAUUACAUCUGAAUAUACGCAAGGGCAUCGUUAGACUGAUAGAGACUUAUGUUCAUUGUUUUUCUGCCGACCGAAGCUACACUGCAUUUAGCUAUCGUUGGCCAACGUCGGGUAAACAGCCGACAACGCUGACUAAAAGCACUAUAACACAGUUCAAGGCGGGAAUCCCCACUUCAUCUCUUCAAGGCUCUAUUAUAGAUGCGAUUACCGUUACAACUUUUCUGGGGUUCUCUUAUUUGUGGGUGGAUGCGUUGUGCAUCUGCCAAGAUGACAAGUCGGACUGGCUCUAUGAAUCGCUGCAGAUGUUUAAGGUCUACUCGAACAGUGCUCUUACAAUAUCCACUUCAGGAAUGUUAUCUGCUGAGAGUGAUCUACUUCAAAAUAGAUGUCCAAAAUAUUUCCACCAGGCGUCUUUUAUACCAUCAGCUUCACCAAACCCAGGCUCUCGAGUUAUUGUCACUAUACACGACGUCUGGCAUCACAUUGUAUCUGAAGGCCUUUUGAGCACUCGUGGUUGGAUUUUCCAAGAGCGGAUGGCCUCAAAUCGAAUUUUGCACUUAGGAGCUGGCUCAAUGGCGUGGGAAUGCAAUGGGGUGUCGUGGAUUGAGAGUAAUUUGCCCGAACAUAUCCCUGCUUCAUUUGGAGAAACCUGGGCAGCCAUAGUUCAGGAUUAUACACGACGCAAGUUCACCAACCAUAGCGAUAUACUUAUUGCCAUCAAUGGAUUCGCGGAACAGAUAGCUUCUGCGACCCAAAACCACUCUUGGUUUCUUAGUGGCAUGUGGAAUCAUACACUUGCAUUUGAGCUUCCCUGGGAACGGACAAAAGAGGAUCGAACUCUGUAUCAGCAAGGUUCUGCCUUCAUUGAUGCUCCGAGUUGGUCCUGGGCAUCAGUUCAGGGCCAAGUCACAUAUCCAAUCCACCAUGCUAUCAAAGUCAUGGAUGAAAAUGGACAGGUCAACACUGUGAACGUUCCGCGGCUUCGGGGUUAUAGGCCUCUGUAG